AACUACAUGUUACAAGAGCAAGGUGGGAUUUCGGGUAUCAGUUAUCAGAGUGCCGCCACAUCAUAUCAUCAUCUCCUCCGCUAUCCGACCCGACCCGUACACUUCCUCUCCCUCCCUCCCGCCCUUUCUUGAUUUCCGAUAACCCCCAACUAAAAGAAGGGAAAAUCAAAGAAAUGGGGAGCUCAAAUGUUGGGGUGUCGGACGAUUCCACUACCAUCUCUGAUGAAGUUGGUGGAACCCCUCAUGAUACUGAAAUUGACGUGGUUGACUCCAGUCGUUUUCAAGAAGGUGAAAAAGUACUCGCCUUUCAUAGCCAACAACUUUAUGAAGCUAAGAUUCAAAAAGCUGAGUUUCAAAUGAGGGAGUGGAGAUAUUUUGUUCAUUAUCUUGGUUGGAACAAAAACUGGGAUGAAUGGGUGGGCAUAGAUCGACUGAUGAAACUCACAGAAGAGAAUAUUCAGAAGCAGCAGGAGCUUAAGAAAAAACAGGAUACAGAUAAGAGUUCAAAGGGUGGACGUGGAUCACAAAUGAAAACAAAAGGCUCUACAGGGGGAAGAGGCAGAAAGCGAAAGAGUGAUGUUUCGCAGAAGGACAAGUAUGCUCCUCCUCCAGAAAAGCUUGUCAAUAUCCAAAUACCAUCACAAUUAAAGAAACAGCUGAUUGAUGAUUGUGAAUUUGUCAACCACUUGGGCAAGCUCGUCAAACUUCCACGUUCUCCAAAUGUAGAUGAAAUAUUAAAGAAGUAUCAUGACUAUCGGCUGAAAAAGGAUGGAGUGAUAUCUGAUUCUGUUGGAGAGAUUCUUAGUGGUUUGCAAUGCUACUUCGACAAAGCACUGCCUGCUAUGCUCCUUUACAAGAACGAGCGGGAACAAUACCAAGAAUCAAUUAGAGACGAUGCCUCUCCAUCCUCUAUCUAUGGAGCUGAGCAUUUAUUACGGCUUUUUGUUAAGUUGCCGGAGAUUCUGUUCUACGCAAGUAUUGAAGAUGAAACAUUAACAGAAUUAAGGCAGAAGUUACAAGACUUUCUCAGAUUCCUGCAGAAGAAUCAAAGUGCAUUUUUCCUGUCCAUGUACCAUUCUGCGGAAGGUUUUGAUGUGGCUGACAAGAAAUAGGAUAACUGAAUUGGAACUUUUCUUCUCAAGUGUACAUUAUCACACCUACUAUGUAUAUUCUCUGUUCUCCAAUGCAGAACUAUGUUGUAUUACUAGGGAUGUUACUAGUAAAUUUUGCUGCAUAGUAGCUCACACAUGUUUUCCUACUUAUUGCCUGUGCAGUGGCUAUGCCAGUGUUCUGGUUGUCCAGCUAAA